GCUCCAGCUCCAUCACUUCCCACGCGUUGUGAGUAGUCCACUCUACUCGCUCGCCCUCUCUAAAGAAAAUUCCCACAAUCUUGCGUCGGAUACCGUCAGACCAUGAGCCGAUACGUACCAGCUCACAACAACCGUCCUGGAGCAGGCCAGCGUGCCGGAACAGGUCAACAGCUGUAUCCUCCUCGUCCCAGUGCACCGCAACCCCAUUACAACAAUUUCAACAACCCCAACCCCAACGCGACGCAUAUCCCACCCUCGAUAACAAACGCAAAUGCGACGUAUAUGGCGAUUGAGAUGCAGGCUAGUCAGAUGUUUUCGCAGUUGGAUGUUGAUGGGCCGAAUCUAGGGGCAAGCUUGAUCGGGGAUGCGCUUAUGGACGACAAGAAUGUGGGGAUGGGAAUGGGGAUGAAUGUGGAUGAUGCGGCGCUGAGAUUUGCUGCUGGGGAUAGUGGCAGAACUCAGUCACAAUUUCAAAUACCACAUGCCCGACCGGCAGAUGAGAGUGCGCGGUUACUUCAACAGACUCUGGAAGAAAACAAAAAUCUAAAAGCCGAAAAUGAACGCAUACUCCGCGAAAAAAACGCCAAAGAAGGCGAAGUGUCCAAUGUCCGGCGUAGUCUAGCCCAGGCAAACGCAGAAAACAGCAACCUCCGCGCAGACCUGCAGCGGACGGCCAACAAAGCUGAGAAAGACCUGGAAGAAGUGAAGAAGAACGCUGAGCGGGAAUUGGAGAAGUGGAAGACCGAAAAUGGUUUCUUGCAAAACGAUGUAGCAGAGUUUAAAGUUGCCCUAGCUGCACAAAGGCCCCAGAGGAUGAAGCAUGUCACGCAGGCGACGAAUGAUACGUUUUCGAAGAAUCGCCAAUGGCCAGACGAAAAAACGACCGGUCCCACAUCCCCAGCACCCAUCCCAAUACGCGUCCAAAAACAGGACGCGGCAACCGAAACGGCCCCCGAAUCGCCGAAGAAGUGUAUGGUACUAUGCUCUUACCAACACAUCUCCGCCAAGUUUCUCCGCCAAUGCAUGUUCGCCUCCCUCCCCGUCGGCCGAGACAUCUUUCUCACACCGACCUCCCUCACUGCCCUCCUGCCACCAUACCUCUCUCAGUGCAACUCACUCAACAAAAUGCAAACGGACGGCCCACACACUACGCUGAUCAGGGACAUGCGCAGAUUGCUGGUGGAUGCGAGUCUGGAUGUUGCGGUGCUGUUGCCGAGUGUGGAGGGGAUGGUUGGGGGAUGUUUGGUGGAGUUGAAGUAUGAACCACUCGUAUUUCUCGUUCACCUCCUCUCGACUAUGUGCGACCAUAGCGCCGCUUGCCGGGAACAAAUCACUGAUCUCGACAGUUCAGAAAGCCCCAAAAACGGCCCGCCGCUGGGAACAUCCCGUCCAACCCGUCGUGCAGCAUAUAUGUGAUACGUUGAGCACGGUUGCUUAUAUGGUUGAUAAGGGGC